AUGGAAGGCCCACCCAGAGAAACCCUAAUUCAAUACGACCCUCCAGUUGAAACUUCAUCCGAUUUUGUUUCCCCUAAGAAGCGUCUUCUAGGUCCAGCUGGCCGUAAGCGUGGAACACUCCCUCCAAUGGAGAGUAAACCUACCAUUGAAGAAUAUUUGAACUCCAUCCUCCCACCUCGUGAAUGAACUCAGGACGAAAAGCGUUUUAUCCAAUACGUCUCUCACCAAUCUGCAUCACGUCAAGAUGUAAUCACUCUCAAAGAAAAACUCGAUCAAAAACUAAUGGAAAGACAAGCCAGAGAUUCAGGGAUCUGCCCAGUAAGAGAAGAGCUUUAUUCUCAAUGCUUUGAUGAAAUUAUUAGACAAGUCACAAUCAAGUGUCCUGAAAGAGGUCUUCUUUUAAUGAGAGUCCGUGAUGAAAUUAAAAUGACGAUUGCGGCAUACCAAACUCUAUAUCAAAGCUCAGUAACUUUUGGGACGAGAAAACAGCUGCAAGCAGAAGAAGGCAAAAGUGAGCUCCAAGAGAAGAAAGAUGAACUGGAAAAGCAGAGAAUUAGGCUUGAAAACAAGAAGUCUGAGCUACUCAACAAGAAAGAUGCGCUUUUGAGGAAAUAUGAAGAAAAGAAAGCAGCGAAUGAAGCGAAAAGAAAAACAGAGCUUGAUUUCUUGGAAUAUCAAGGAAAACAUCUUGACACUUUUCUUAAAAAUAUUGAUAAGUAA